AUGACCGUCAAACCAACAACUUUGAGAUCAGCAGGUAUUGGAGAAAUGCAGAUCAAGGUAGAAGAGAACGGGAAAACCUCCAUCUCGAGCUGCAACUACGACGGCAGCAGCAGCAGCAGCUCCGAAUCCGAUUCAGUGCACCACCCACUCCUCGAAACACAAGAGCCCUGCGACGAGGAUGCGGCAACCAAGACUCCGGUCCAGAGAGCCAUAGCUCAGACGUUCCAGAGCACGGCUCAUUUAGCCAACAUUCUCCCGACAGGGACGGUGCUCGCGUUCCAGCUGCUCUCCCCCAUAUUCUCCAAUCAAGGCAGCUGCGAUCCGGUCACAAGGUCCAUGACCGCCGGCCUAGUGGCAGUCUGCGGCUUGUCCUGCAUUCUGUCCAGCUUCACGGAUAGCUUCAGGGACAAGGAUGGGAAGGUGUGCUAUGGGUUCGCCACGGUGAACGGGUUGUGGGUUAUCGACGGAUCGUCGAGCCUCCCUCCUGAUGCUGCGGCGAAGUAUAAGCUCAAGUUUAUAGAUUUCGUGCACGGGGUGAUGUCGUUGCUCGUGUUUGCUGCGACUGCUCUGUUUGAUGACAAUGUGGUGGGUUGCUUUUACCCGGAGCCGUCGAAGGAGUGCCGGGAGGUGCUCACUGCGCUGCCCGUUGGGUUUGGGGUGGUCUGUAGUAUGUUGUUUGUUGUGUUUCCGACGGCCCGCCAUGGAAUUGGGUUCCCUCUCUCCGCAAACUGA